CGGAUGCAUCUAAAUAUGCAAUCCAGCUAGUGCUAGUUUUGUUCACCUUUGCCAACUAAAUAUAAUGCAUAACUUAUCUUUUCUACAUUCAGGACACUUUAAAAAGUCACCUAUGAAAGAAUAUUAUGGCAAAGCAUCUAGCUCCACCACCCACAAAGAGCCUCUCUCGUCAACGAUCCUCAUGCUUUCUUCUAGAACCUCAGCGUGUACAAGGGUCUGAUUUUGUAAAGAUGCUGCAUCUGAUCGGUUACCCUGGUGCCCAAGAUUUGAAGGGCGAAGAUUUUGAUUGGCUCUGUGAAGACAAUGAAGAAGUACAACUCUUUCUUGGAUGGUUUUGCGAGGUUGUGGAUCAACGUAAUGCCCUAAGCAGUGAACAGAUAGAAGCCUAUAAUACCCUUUUGGACUCUGGUCAGCCACUUUUAGAAGCCGAUGAACUUCAAAACCUCUGCCAAGUGGGAGAUAAAGGGGAUGGAGGAUGGGAGAUGGAAGAUAUGAGAAGUUUGGAGGAACUGGAAGCAGAGCUUCAAAGUCUGAGAACCCUAAAAACACAUCGACUACAAUGUCGUAACAAGAUAGAGUCCUUGGCGUUGACAUUACGCCGUCAUCGGCUUUCUUUAGAGAAAUCUGAGAUGGAAUUAGAAAAAAACUUGAGUUACACAAAGGAGGAACUGUUGACCCUAAACUCAAGGUGCAAUUCAACUUUGCUGAGACUUGGAGACAUGGUAACAGAACUUGGGCAAUAUCAUUCAGACCAAUCUGCAGCUAGUGUAUUUCUGUCUUCACUUGACUUGGAGGAGUACAUUCGCCUUGAAGAUACAUGCUGGGAACAGGUAGAGGAGAAUGCCAAAGAGGUUUUACCUGUUAAAGAGGAAGACCUGGAAAAACAAAGAAAAGCCCAGCAAGAAAUGGAGAAAGAAAGUGAGAGAGUACGAACAGUAUGGGCAUCUCAGAGAAUGCAGCUGAGCAUCACUCUUGGUACACAGAAUGGCAACAAGGAGGCUCUGGCUUGGCUUGAUAGGAGCUCCAGAGAGCAGGUUUGGGAUCCACUGCAUUUACCACUAGUGGAAAGAGAGGUGCAGUCCUUAGAAGUAGAGGUAGAAGCUCUACAGACACAGAGACUUCCAGGCCUAGUGCGGGAAGCUUCGUUUGGAUUAUGCCUACCUGCACAUCAUGGAUGGGUACAAGCAGAAAAACAUAGACUAUCGCAGGUGGACCAAAGCCAGGCUCCAGUUGCAGAAGCGAUCCUUAAUCAGCUGUCACGUCUCCAGUUGGUGGAGUUGGGGCUACAGGCAGAGAUGCGACAACACCGCCAAACUGAGCGAGAUCUCAGAGGCCUCAAGAUAGAGAUGGGAAACCGAUCAUGUGAGCUUGGUAAAAGGAUCCUUGGUCAGAGAGAUCUGAGGGUUUCGCCUCAGUGGUUGACACCACUACGUAUGGACAGCAAAGACCACACAGCAGUCAGGCUUUCAGCAAUGAUGGAGACCCCAUCAAGGAAAAAAGAACUGUUCCCAAAGUAUGAAGCCUUACAGCGCCAGGCAGCGUCUCUUGUGCAGGAACUGAAGUCGCUUAGCGGCAUCUUUCAUGGUCCGCUACCACAAACUAGGAGUCUAGAACAUGACUGUGAAGAACUUCACCAGAGCUUGUGCCGAGGAACGCGGAACCUGCAGCUGCGAGAUCCGAACCUGAUACUCACCUUGGAAACCCUUUUAUCCAACGUCUCUCAGUUUAACCACUGGUUUCUGGAUUUUCUACGGGAUUUGGAGCGUAAGAAGCUGGACAUUCAGGCACCUUAUAUGGCUCAAGACAGGCAGCUGUAUGUCCUCUUCUACCGGGACCCCUCUCUUCUGGCCAGUAUUGUGCAGGAUCUUGAGCAACGAGUCAGGGAGCUUUGCUGA